UACGUACUUGAAAUAAUGAAGCGUUUGGGGGAUAAAUGUAACUGCAGAGACAAAAUAUCAUCGCCCAUUACUAAAUACACGGAGUUAGAACCAGCUCUUUGCCAAGAGUUGCGCAAAAUCGUAGACGCGAUCGUAGUACCAGGAAAAGGACUGCUAGCUUGUGACGAGUCUCCUUCAACUUUUCAAGAACGAUUCGACGAGAUUGGCGUGGAAAAUACCGAAAUUAAUCGUCGCGAUUAUCGGCAGAUGUUGUUCACCGCAGAUAAGUCUCAAUUUUCAAAAUACAUAAGUGCUGUUAUUCUGCAUCACGAGACAGUUUAUCAAAAAACAUCCGAUGACGUCGAAUUGAUCGAAUUGCUACGUCAGAGAGAUGUCGUACCCGGCAUCAAGGUCGAUAAGGGCCUGGUCCCAUUAUUUAGUUCGAAGGACGAGAAUACUACGGAAGGCUUGGACAAUUUGCAAGAGAGAUGCAUUCAAUAUAAACGAGAUGGCUGUCACUUCACCAAAUGGAGAUGCACAUUCACAAUCUCAGAGACCACGCCGAGUCAACUGGCCAUGGUUACGAAUGCGAACGUCCUUGCAAGAUAUGCCAGUAUAUGUCAGAGUGCACGAAUGGUACCUAUAAUAGAACCCGAAAUAUUAAACUGUACCCAUGGAAUAAAUAGAGCGUUAGAAGUUCACGAAGAAGUACUGUCUAUUUUGUUUCGUAUUUUACAAGAGCAUCGUAUCUACCUUGAAGGUAUGAUCCUAAAGGUAGCGAUGGUUUUGUCGGGAAUAAAAAAUUCUACCAAUUGUUCGCCACAGAUUAUUGCCGAACAUACGUUAGCAGCUUUACAGAGGACAGUGCCGCCAGCAGUACCAGCGGUUAUAUUUCUAAGCGGAGGACAAUCGGAUGAAGAUGCUGUUUUAAAUUUAAACGCUAUUAACGCUUACGAAGGGAGAAAGCCUUGGCCUCUUACGUUUUGCUACGGACGUGCUUUACAAAAUACAGCAUUGAAAACGUGGAAAGGAAAUCCAGAUAAAGUGCAAGAUGCUCAAGCAGCAUUUUUAGAAAGAGCGAAGCUCUGCUCCCAAGCUUCGUUAGGAGAAUUAGAACCUGAAAACGGCGUGUGCACUAGGAAUUCUCGUUAAAAUUAUUGAUCAAUUAACAAAUAUCCAAUUAAAAGUUACGAAGUUAUAAUUAUACCUGUGUGGAAAUGAA